AUGACCACAUCUCUGCCAAAAUGGCUCAAAUUCCCCAUCACCUACUCCAGCAACAUCCAAAAACGCUCAAAAACCGCCUUCGAAUGCCACAAAAUCGUCUUCAUCCGGCACGGCCAGUCCGAAUGGAACCUCAAGAACCAAUUCUGCGGCUGGUUCGACGCGCACCUCUCCGACCAGGGCCGCGCCGAAGCCAAACAAGCCGGCAAACGGCUCAAGGACCUCAAAAUCAAACUCCACCAUGGCUUCACCUCAAAACUCUGCCGCAGCAUACAAACCCUCGACAUAAUCCUCAAGCAACUCCGCGAGAAAGACCUACCAGUCGAGCAGCAUUGGCGCCUCAAUGAGCGACACUACGGCAACCUCACCGGAAUGAACAAAGCGGAAGCCAUGGAGUUAUUCGGCAAGGAAAAGGUGCACAUAUGGCGGCGCAGUUACAAAACACGCCCGCCAAAAAUCCUCGACGUGAAUCCACACUAUUGCGAUAUACAAACCGGCGAAAGAUACGGUUUGAAAGAUAGCGAAGUACCGGAAUGUGAGAGUUUAGCAGACACCGUCGCUAGAACCCUUCCAUAUUGGCUGGAAAACAUUGUGCCGGAGAUUAAAAAAGGCAAGACGGUUAUAGUCGCUGCGCAUGGUAAUUCCCUGCGUGGAAUUGUCAAACACAUUGAGGGCAUCACCGAUGAAGGCAUACAACAUCUGAACUUACCUACAGGGGUGCCAUUUGUGUAUACAUUGGGUGCGGACAUGAUGGCGCUGAAGGAUGAUAAUGCUGUGGAGUUUUACGGUAAUGAUGAGCAAGUUGAAGCGGUUAUGAAAGAUCUACGCAAGGCGAAAUCUCCGGAUGAGAAGAAAACAGGCGCAGUUGGUGAUUGUUAG